AUGGAAGAUAUCAUAGAGAAGGGAAGACCGCCAGGGGAGCCACCAGAUGCCCCUGGUUCCUGGGUAAGGAAAGUAAUAGGGUGUAACGUGGGAGGGAUGCCUGUUCCGGAGGAGGUUGUGGUAGAGGAGUUUGUAGAAUCGCGACUGAAGUUGGAGUUUCCGAAUGGAGAAGAUGGAGAACCGGUGAUAAAGAUAGGGGAGGAGGUGCUGACGGCGAUAAAUAGUCUAUGGAAGAGAUGCAUGAUCGUUAGGGUUCUGGGGAGAAACGUUCCUCUCUUAAGCUUGAGUCGGAAGCUAAAGGAGUUAUGGAAACCGAAAGGGUCGAUGUUUGUGAUGGAUCUCCCUAGGCAAUUCUUCAUGGUGCGAUUUGAGUUGGAGGAAGAGUAUAUGGCUGCCCUAGUAGGGGGGCCAUGGAGGGCAUUCGGGAGUUAUCUUAUGGUACAAGCAUGGUCACCUGAAUUCGAUCCGCUGAAGGAUGAGAUAGUCACGACGCCAGUUUGGGUGCGUUUAUUGAAUAUCCCAGUGAACUUUUACCAUAAAACAAUUCUGGUGGGAAUUGCGAAAGGAUUAGGAAGACCGAUUAAAGUUGACCUGACAACUUUAAACUUUGAGAGAGCUAGAAUUGCCAGAAUCUGCGUGGAGAUUAAUCUCCAUAAACCAUUGAGGGGGACAGUAAUGAUAAAUGGUGAGAUGUACUUUGUUUCAUAUGAGGGAAUUUCAACUAUUUUCUCGACAUGCGGUAUGUAUGGACACCUAGUUCACGCAUGCCCACGGAAUCUUAUGGAGAGAGCCCUUGCACCUGUGACCGACCCACUGAACAUGAACCUUCAGAGUACCGCACUAACAGGGAAUGAGAUGGACUUUACACCAGCGAGACAGACAAGGAGAAAGUCUGAGCAACAAAGGAGUACACGGAGUUCUAUGAGAAGUAAUGAUGGGAGAGCUAUGAUGGGGAGUAAGAUAAGAGAAGUACGUAAUGCGGAUGUGGCAAAGGAAGUAACAGUGUCAAAUAGAUUCGGAAGUUUACGUGAGGUAGAGGUGACGGAGGUACGAGAGGAUGAGGAGGGAAGAAAUGAAGAGAAUAAAGAAAAUGAGAACAAUGUGAACAUACGGUUGGGAGAUUCGAGUGGAACGCGUGUGGAAGUGAUGGCCUUUGGUGUAACGGGGAACAAAGGAAAUAAGUUGUUUACUCGAGUGGCUCUAAAGAGAAGAAGACAAGUAAUAUGA